AUAGGAGGAAGUGAACAGAUACAUGUGGAAGUUACUGUGGGGUUAAAUUAUGUUUAUAAAAUAUAUAACGAAAGGAUAAAGUAGUACCGAAAAUUAAGUGGCAAAGAUGGAAACACAAAGAGGAAGUCCUUUCUUCUCCGAUGGAAGACAGCAGAUGGUUGUAGCCACUGGACAAAGUCUUAGUCCCCAGCCUGCAUCUCUUCCUGAACUACGAUUGGUUUUGCUAGGCCGCAAAGGUGCUGGAAAGAGCUCUGCAGGCAAUACUAUUUUAGGCCUGCCAGGAGGGUUUGAGACAGGAAAACCAACUGAGGAGUGUGUAAAGAGACGUGCCGAAGUAGCUGGAAAACGUGUUACAGUUGUGGACACGCCUGGCUGGGAAUGGUAUUAUCCAGUGAACGGUACUCCUGGAUGGGUAAGAAGAGAAACAAUGCGAAGUAUAUCUUUGUGUCCACCUGGACCUCACGCAAUCCUUUUAGUGGUCCGAUCUUGUACCUCAGUGACAGCGGACUAUCAUAAACAAAUUGAAGAGUACCUGGAACUUUUGGGCAAGACAGUGUGGGAUCACACAUUGGUGUUGUUCACACGAGGGGAUGAACUGGGCUCAGUUCCCAUUGAAGAGAGAAUUAAAAAUGGAGGCAAGGCCUUCCAAACUCUACUGCAAAGGUGUGGAAACAGAUUCCAUGUUCUGGAAAAUAAAAGGCGUAUUGAUGAUGGAACUCAGGUGAAGGAACUAAUGAGGAAAAUGGACAAACUAGUUGAAGAGAGAGGUGGGAGAUAUUUUGAGAUAGACCUUCUUCAUCUGGAACUGGAGGGUGAUAGCAAAAGGAGGGCACGAGAGAGAAGGAAGAAACAGAGAAUGAUGGAGGCGCAGACUCAGAGAGGAACCAUCAGAUCAGUGUUGACCAAUGACAGUCCUCAAGUUGAAGAUCUGGAUGAGAAGAAUCUUUUCUCCAGGGGUUCACGGCGUUUUCCUGAGCUGAGACUGAUUUUGGUGGGAGAGAGGGAGACAGGAAAAAGCUCGGCUGGGAAUGCCAUCCUCGGUGGUCCGAGAUACUUUCAAAGUGGAGAAGCCACAGAGGAAUGCUCAAGACAGCAGGCAGAGGUCUCUCAUAGACUGGUUACUGUGGUGGAUGUGCCUGGAUGGGAGGGCGGACCAGAGGGAACAACUCCAGAGAGAGUAAAGCGUGAGAUUGGAUUGAGUGUGACGCUUUGUCCUCCAGGACCUCAUGCCUUUCUUCUGGCAUUGAGAGUGGAUGCUAUCGUCCAAGCUCCAGCAGUCCGGGAGCACCUUGAGCUUCUGGGAGAGACUGUUUGGAGACAUACAAUUCUUCUUUUCACAAGAGGUGACCAACUACGUCAGGGAGUAACUAUUGAGCAGCACAUCCAAGGAGGAGGCAAGGAUCUUCACUGGUUGAUGGAAAGAUGUUCAAACAGGUUCCAUGUCAUCAGCAGCACUUCUUGUUUGCAAAGUCAAAAUCCCACAACACAGAUAACUGGACUUCUUGAGAAGAUUGAAAAAAUGGUAGCAGGGAAUCGGUGCGAGGCCUUCUUGCCACUAGUACAUGAGAUUCAAGAGUUAGGAAGACAAAAGAAUGAGAAAUUCCAGCUGAAGGUUAAAGAGUUUACAGAGAAGCUUCAACGGCAGGAGGAAGAACUGAAAAAGAUGAAGGAGAGAGAAGUCAGAAGUAUUCGCUGGUUUUUCGAUAGACGCAAAAAAGACAAAGUACAGUCCCCUGGAAAGACAGAGAGGGAAGAGAUGCCAUAUAGGGGCGAGGAUGACAAAAAAAGCAUAAUGGGUGAACUUGAGGAGAAGAUGGCAUGGUUAACAGAAGACAGGGAGAGAGAGAUACAAGAGCUCACCACAGAAAUAAGCAGAGUCAUGGCGGCUCUCAAUCAAAAACAUAAAGAAAAAGAGAGACUAGAAAUGAGUUUAGAAGAAAGAGAUUUAGAGAGGGAAGAACUUAAAGAGAAGGUGGAUGAUCUUCAAAUGAAACUGCUAGAACUAGAGCGCAUGUGUGUUGUGAAAGAGCAAGAAAGAAAGGAGAAGGAGUCAGAAUUUCAACGUGUUUACCAGACUGAGGUAAAUGAAUUAAGAAAUAAACUGGUAGAUGCAGAAAACAGGAACGAUAUGUUGAGGAGAAAAGCUGAAGAGACUCAAAAGGAAAUAGAUGCCUACCAUAGGUAUGAGGAAGAGUCCACACAAAAACAGCAAGAGAUUGAGAGCAAACUGAAAGAAAAGGACAAAAAAAUAGAAAGUAUUCUCAUAGAAAUUCAGAAGGUGACAUUAAAGACCGAGAGCAGGGAAAGAGAACAAAGUGAAAUAUGGAGGGAAACAGAUAAAAAAAGAGAGAAAAACAUGGACAAACUAAGAGAAGUGAUAAAGACGAUGACAAAAGAGAUGGAACAGCUACAGACGUCAUGCCAAGAGCAAAUAAAAAUGACAGAAGCAGAGAGAGAAAUGCACGAAAACGUCAUUGAGAAAUACAACACACUGAAAAAUAAACUUAUAGGAAAAGACGAAGAAAUAGCUGCCAUACGGCAGGCGCAAGAGCAAAUUAAAAAAGAAAAAGAAGAGGAGCUGCACCGAAAUGUUGCAACACAAGAGAAACUACACAAAAAAGAAGAGGAAAUAAACACACUGAAACAAAGACAUCUGGAAAAAGACAAAGAAAUAGAGACAUUGAGGCAAAACAUUGAUGAGAAACAAAAAGACAUAGAAAAACUUAAAGAAAUUGUCCAGGAUAAUAAUGAAGAAUAUGCAUCUAAACUCAAACAUUUACAUGAAGAAUUUAGGGCUAAAGAAGCUGAAAUACACAAAUUAAUUCAAAGUCAAAUGGAAAAGGACAGAGAAAUUGAUACACUUAGGCAAAACAUGUUCGACAAACAGAGUGACAUAGAAAACUUGAAAGACAUAAUUCAGAAAAAUAUUGAAGAAAGUGCAAGUCAACUAAAGCAUUUAGAAGAACAAGUGAUAACAAAAGAACAGGAAAUUACCAAAUUAGGACAAACAGAUCUGGAGAAAAAGAAGGAAGUUGACAAAAUGAGACAAAACAUCAAUGAAAAACAAAGAGACAUAGAAGCAGUAAAAGACAUUCUCAGGGCAAAUACGGAAGAAAGUGCAGCUAAAUUAAAACAUCUACAGAAUGAAAUUAAAGUAAGAGAUGAUGAAAUAGACAAAUUAAGACACAGAGAUCUGGAGAAGGACAAAGAGAUGAACACACUGAAUGAAAAUAUUCAAGAAAAACAGAAAGCUAUUGACCAGUUAAAAAUGAAUGCCGAAAAGUAUGCUGCUAAAUUACAACAUUUAGAGGAAGAGUCUGAAGUAAAGACUGAGGCCUACAAAUUGAUGGAAGAGGAACUGGAAAGAAUCAAGAAUCAGAUUGAGGAAAAUGACAGACUGGCAACUGAGAAGACCGAGAACAACCAGUUAAAACAACAAAACACAGACACUGAAAGAAAUAUGGAGGAGCUAAAACAUCAGAACAAAGAAGACAAAGAAAGAAACAACAUUCUACAAAACACCAUCACUGAACUGGAGAAAAAAUGUCAAGAGCUGACGUUUAAGUGUGAGAGCUAUGAGAACGCUUUGCAAGCUCAGAGAGAGGCAGAGAAUAGAAGAGAAGAUGAGAUCAAAGAGAUGCUUAGUCAGUAUGAGACACAGAAGACAAAAGAUGACCUGUCUCUCAAACAAAUGAAAGAUCUAGAACAAGAAAUGGAUCAGUUAAAACAGGUGCUGGAAGAACUUCAUAAGAAGGAAAAGCAGAAAGAGGAGGAAUUAAAUGAGAUGAAAGUAUAUUAUGAGAAUAAAUCGAUGGAACAAAAAGAACAAGACAUUCAAACACUGGGGAGAGAAGAGGAACUUCAAAGAAGAGAGCAGGAGGUCAAAAAAAGAGAAGACAAUUUGGAGGACCAUUUGAAGGAACUAGAACAAAACAAACAAGAGUUGGUCAAAAGAAAGGAUGCAAUUAAUAGGAAAGAAAAUGAACUUAUGGACGAAAAGCAGGAGUUGGACAAAAGAAUGUACAUAAUUAGGGACAAGGAGGAAAAACUGGAAAACGAGUGUCAGAGCUACAAACAUAUGGCAGCAGAUCUGGAAGAAAUUAAAAGGGAGGUUGAAAAAAGACACUAUGAGCUUACAGACAGGGAGGAAAAGUUAAAAGUAAAAGAGCAAAAGAUAAAAUGUGAAAAAGAAGAGCUAGAAACAGCCUGGAAAAAAAUAGAGACCAAGCAAAAGGAAAUGAAAGAUCAGACUGAAAAACACGAGAAACAUUUGGAAAACCUGAGGCAACAGCUGGAAAUGAGAGAACGUGAACUGCUGGAAACCGAGAGGAUUUUUAUAAAAGAACAACAAAGGCUUAAAGAAGAAGAAAAAUCUUUGGGGUUGCUCAAAGUAAAUUUGGAGAUGAAAGAAAAUGAACUUAAAAAACAAGAGCGUCAGCUAAUCGAUGCAAACCAGCUGUGGGAAGUAAAGAUCCGGGAGUUCUCAAACAGCUCACAGGAAGUUGAAAACAACAAACAUGACAUUGAGAAAUUGCAAGCUGAGCUGACUAAUAAGGAACAUGAGUUGCUGCAAAAAAUUUAUGGAUUGCAAAAAAAAGAGCAAGAGCUUGUUCAAAGGGAGAAGGACGUUGCACUUAAACACAAAAUGCUUACAGAGCAAAAUCAAGAUGUGGAACAGCGAGAGAAGUUACUUAAGAGCAUUAAUGAGGAAUUAGGAAGUAGGGAGCAAGAGCUGAUAAAAGGUGAAGAAGCACUUUGCCAAAGAGAGCACAAACUGAAAACUAAAGAAAUCCAUUUGGACAAAAUACAGGAAGUUGUGCAAAACAAGGAAGAACAGCUGCAAAGCGAGAGACAACAGAAUAAAAACAUGCUACAGAGUCUCAAGGAACAGCAGGAUGGUUUAAAAGACACACAACACUUUCUGGAUACCAAAGAAACAAAAUUACGCCACCUGGAAACUGAGCUCACUAUCAGACAUGAUCAAAUAACUGAAAAAGAGCAAUUCCUGCAGAACCGAGAAUUAGAUCUAAAGGAAAAUGCAAGUGAUUUUGAAAGAAAAACACAAACGCUAGAAGUCCUACAAAAAACACUAGAGCUAAAAGAAAAAGAAGUAGAGGAAAGUAAAAACCAACUGGAGCUCAAAACAAGGGACUUAAGUAAUGAGGCAGACCAUCUGAAAAAGCAGCGAGAGGAACUUGAAAAGUGGGAGAAAUAUUUAUACAACACAGAGCUCAAACUGAUGCACAAAAAGCCUUUCUCUGGGAAUCAAAGAUGGACAAACUGCACUGAAUUUAAUGGGAAACAGGAAAAGGAAGAUCAUAUUUAUAGAUUACACCAGGAUGUUGAUGGAGAUGCAAAAGACACAAGUAGAGAAGCCAUUAGAACACAAGGAGAGGGCGAACGGCAAAUCCACUUGGAAAAUGCUAACAACAUAUUGGUUAAGAGCUGGAAUGGCAAUGGAACACUGAAGGACAAGCAAAAAAAUAAAGUGAAAGAGCUUGGUGACAGUUCUGGUGAAGACGACUUUGAAUCUUCAAGCACCAUGUAUCAACUAACCAAAGGCAUUAAAUGUCCUGUGUCUGAGCUAAGACUAAUGCUCUUAGGAGACACAUGGUCUUCACAUCACACAGCGAUACACAUCUUACUUGGGCCUGAAACAGAUAGAGGUGACUCUUGGAGAGGAGAGAUAUCCGGCAGGAAAACUACUAUGGUGGCUCCACAAGGACUGAAAUGGCGAUCUGGAACUGAUCGUCAAGGCACGUUUCAAAAACAUAUCUCUGAAAGUGUGCCCCUGUGUCAGCCAGGACCACAUGCCUUUAUCUUGUUAAUACCUGCUUAUGUAUCCUUUACUGGUCAGUACAGGCGUGCAGUGGAACGUACCAUGUCAGUAUUAGGAGAGGGGGCAUGGGGACAUACUAUUGUUCUGUUCACUUGGGGCGAGACAUUAGGUGAAAGUUGUCAGCAGCAUGUAAAGAGAAAUGGGGACCUGGAGUGGCUGGUAAGAAAGUGUGGUAACAGAUGCCACCUGCUUGAUAACAGACACCAAGAGUCUCACAUUGUAAAGUUGCUGGAGAAAGUUGAGGAGAUGUUGGCAGGAAAAAAUGGACAAUACUACAAAAUGGACUAAAAGAGUUUGAAGAAUUUUAUCUGAGCCGAUCUGUCUGUGAAUAUUUAAUUUCUGAUAUGGUCUUAUUGCAGGGAAGCUCAGACCUAUGAUAUUUUUAAAGCUUAUAAAUGCUUUUUAAAACAAGCAUGUUUUGUAAAUGUUUGUUUUUGUUUGAAUUUUUUGUAUUACCUAUAUUGUGUAGAAGCUGCUUUUAAAGGCGCUUUAUAAAAUAAAGUUAACUAUAAUUUUUUUAUUGUAUGGUAGAUCUUGAAAGUGGCUUUAUAGUUUAGCCUCAUUUUAGUUCAAAUUGUCCAGAUAUUUCCAUGUGUUACAACAAAUAAAUAAUACCAUGAACUGGUUGAUAACAGUGGUGCUACACAAAGUAGACCUAGAAUAUAAAAUAAUAAUAGUCUGAUAUCAGCUAAAGUGGGCCAUUGGGUAAAAGGGCUGUUUAAGUUUACAACCUGAUUGCUCUGCAAUGUUUGCCCCUGAAAAUAUAUAUAGUUGCAAUCUGUUGCCACAACUAUGAUUAACCUGUGCUUUAAAGUGAUUUCAUUGAUAUACAGUACAUCUGCUAAGGUGGGUAGAGCAGGACUUCAAAGGUCUCAAACUUUUUUGUGAGCAAGGGCUACCACAAUAGAUAAAAAAAUCUGGAGGGCUAUUUUUUGAUAUAGUCUACUUUUUAUUUUUUUUAUUUUACUUGUUGAUAUGUUUUAACACGGUUUAAAAAGAUAACAAACAUAAAAGAAGCCAAACUAAUACAAAAACUUUUUUUAAUAAAUAUUAAAAUUGAGGCUAUUAAUAGAAUGUGCUUUGGGCAUCCCACGGGCACCAUGUUGGAGACCACUGCAAUAGAUCAUAGAUAAUACUCAUGGUCAUAACUUUAUGUGUGAGUCAUUUUAUGUGUCUAGUAUCUUUUAUUAAAUAUAAUGUUUAAUUUACAUAAAUUAAACUUUAUUUAAUGCAUAAGUAAAGUGGAUUUUUUUGUGGGGGCCCAUUUUACUCAGAAAGGGACAAGGGUAGGGGCAGUUCCCUUUCGAA